AUGGCGACCGACGAACGAAAUUUCAGACUUUUUUAUUAUGAAAAAGUAGGUUUCAGAAGUGUUGAAGAAAAGAAAUCCUUAGAAAUUUUGUUAAAAGAUAAACCGUUGGAUAAAGUUAAGCUGAAACAGUUUUGUUUGAGAUUCACUGUGCCUGGGGUACACAGGAACUAUGUGUGGAAAAUUAUUCUUGAUGUGAUACCAGUCUACGCAGAGUCUCAUUCUUUUGUAAUGUCUCAACGAGAAGUGCAGUACAAUGAUUUACUACAUGCUUUAAAAGUUAUGAGAAUUGUUGAUAGCAAUACUUCGAAACCAAGAUUGUUUAUAGCUAUGUGGCUGUUGGAGACGAAUAGACUGUAUUUUGAUUUUAACAUACAGAAAGAGAACAGCAGUUUAGUGGCUAUAUGUGAGGCUCUGCUUCAAGUUUUCAAUAGUGAUGCGGAGGUAUAUUGGGUUGCCAAAGGCUUUUUCCAAUUCUCCGAACAAAUUCAAUGUGAUAUUCCAAAACAUAGUGAUAAUGUCGUCAGACUAAUUGAGAAGGAGGAUAAUGAGUUAUAUAAACAUUUACAAACAAUAAAUGCACUGACAGGACUGCCGAUAUCAAACUGGUUAAAAUGUUGUUUUGCUGGAGUACUGAACGAAGCAGCUCUUGUCAAAAUUUGGGACAAAAUGUGUGGUGGUUCCAUAAAAAUUCUCGUAUUUGUGGCUGUGGUUCUUUUUACAAAUUUGAGACGCUCAUUAUUGAGAUGUAAUGAUUUGGAUGAAGUCAUAUCUUGUUUGGGAAAUAUAACAGAAGAAACUGCAGAAAUCAUUGCAAAUAAAGCGAUUGAGCUUUGGCAACAGAAUGGAACUCCAAUGGAGACAUCACAUUUGCACCAAAGUAAUAAACCAAAGUAAUUGGAUAAAUUAAGAUACAGUAUGUAAAAGUAUAUGCAUGUUAAAAUUUUAUAGUCUAUUGAUCUAUUUACAAGUGAUAUUCGUAUGUAAGGUCUUAACUUGCACUAGGUUUUAGUGGCAACUUGCCUUAAGAAAAAAUCUGGUGUUUUUCCUAAUAAACUAAUUAAA